GCAGUUCAAGCUGCCAAAAUUUGAGCAUUUGAAGCUACCAAUGAACAAAUGGCAAAUGGGAAAAGAAAGAAGAAAAGAAUAAUUCACCACCGGCACAAUCCACAUUCCCCGAGGAACAGCUAGCCCACCGGUGGUGUACGACUGCCCAUAGCCGGUUACUGCCGAGCACUCCUCCUCAUCCCCUUGGUCUAUGCUGCAAAAUAGGGAGAGCUUUGUGCUUAGUUGUUUCAUUUUCAGCCUCAUAUUUCCUUUCAUCUUUUUUCCUUCACCCAUUUUAACUGUACUAUUUACUACGGUAGAUGUUUAAGCCAGCUGCAGGCGGUUGCAAGGCUGAAGAUUCAAAAAGAAAGGGCGAAUUCAUCCUCGUGCAAUUCUUGAAAUGACACUGUGCAUUUCUCAAGGAUAUUGGGCUCAAGUCCAGGUGUGAUAAUUGUCCAUAAGCUGCGGGAGUCUGCUGUGGAACCUAUUUGCUGAAGUGCCUCCCAACGCUGAAGCAAAUACACAUAUCGUGAGUCUCAGAAGUCCAGACACAAAAAGGAGUUGCCAUCAAAUGAUAGUCCUAUACAAGAAGCGUGUGUGGGAAUGCGUUUAUCUAGUGGGAAAGCCACCAGUAAAUGAUCAUGACUUAGCACUUCUUUGUGAUAGUGAGGACCUAUGACAGUUGGAUGCUUUAGUUUAUAUGCUGACAAAGAUGCACGUUUCAGGUUUCUUACCAAUCAGCCACUAUUUAUUCUGUGGAGUGAGGGGUUUAGUUGUUGUUCUACUCCUGAAACUAUUUAACAAGGAAGGCUCAUGAGUACACCAUGGUAUAAGAUAGUGAAUGUUUUUCCAUACCCAAAAUAAAGGUAAAUUGACAUAUGGGAUGCUCUAGAAGAACUGUUCGUUGGCCAUUUAGAAGGGUUCUUUGUUCAUGAGAGUUCACACAAAAACGGUGUUUGGAAUCUUUGACGGUGCAUAAAAUUAAAUUUGAUCUUCUAUCUUAUUCAUCCUACUUUGGUUUCUAGUCUGUUUUCUUAUUGCUAGAAGGAACAUAACCUCAACAAUGCUGGUCAAGAGAUCACAUUGUAUACAUUCUGGAUCUUGUAUUUGCACCAAUGGACAUCUCAGUGAAACAGUACUGGUACUUGUAUUUAAAUCCCUAAAUUGGAAUCCUAGGACCCUUUGUUCUGUGGCCUGCGUUUGCAAAUGGUUUGAAGACAUAGCCAAACGGAUUCUUUGGAAAGAGUUUUGUCUAUCACGGGCACCAAAAAUGGUUUCUGAUCUUCUCUCUGGAGGUAGUCAUGGUACAAUUGAUGGGAAUUGGAAUGCUUUGGGAAAGCUUAUGAUUUAUUGUUCAGGAUGUCAUGAUGGCAACAACAUUUGUCAGUCAAAUUCUAUAGCAGGACACUUUGUGUAUAGAACAAGAUUCUCACGAACAUCUGGCAAGAGUUUUCUUGUCCAACAGUGCAGAACCGACACUCUAUAUGUUACAGAUCCAUGUGAGCACCUAGAUCAAGGAGAAGAUGGUGAUGUGGGAUUAUUUCGAGGCAUAUUCAAGGCUUUUGGAAAGUCAAAGGUAAGGAAAAUGCUGAUUGAAAGACAAGUUGAACUACAUCCAAAAGAAUCCUGCCCAUAUUGUCGGACUAAGGUAUGGAGUAUGGUACAAGCCAAUAUGAUUUCUAGGAGUGCAUAUAGAAGAUUGGGGGCUUAUGAAGAUCAAAUUGAGUAUUUUGUAUGCCUCAAUGGGCACUUGCUUGGAGUUUGCACUCUUUUACCUCUCUCGGACUCUGAAACUGCUUCAGAAGAAGAAUAAAUUUCUACAUAUUUUUUUGCUGAAGGGUCUUAAUGGUUUAAUAUAUCGACAUCAGUUUUAAUUCUAUUUAUUUCACCAUUUCAUUUGUGCAUGAGUGAUCUAUAAUUUGUCUUUACACGAUGAAAAUGGAACAACUUAGGAUGUAUUCUGGAUAAUGGAGAGAAGGCCCUAAGGGCAGGAUAGUAUAGAAUGGGACACGUCUAUCUAGGCUCAUAUGGAUUGUAAACUUAUGGAUCAAAUGAAGGAUGAAUGACCUGUAAUAUUUCGAUUGACCUGUUUCCUUGUAGGAAAUCAUAUUAAUAUUUGGCUAAUUUAUUCAUGUUGUAUA